AUGAUCCGUUGGCUUGCUUGGCUUUUGAGAGCAAACUCCUGUGGCAAAAUAAUAAUAUUUUCUUUUCUCUCUUCUUUUAGAUCUCUUCCUGUACCCAGGCGUCAUACACCAUACUUCGGACAACCUGACUAUCGCAUUUACGAGCUCAACAAGAGGCUACAACAGAGGACAGAGGAAAGUGAUAACCUUUGGUGGGAUGCCUUCGCCACUGAAUUCUUUGAAGACGAUGCAACGCUUACAUUAACAUUCUGUUUAGAGGAUGGGCCCAAAAGAUAUACAAUAGGUAGGACAUUGAUCCCUCGCUACUUCCGAAGUAUUUUUGAAGGCGGUGUAACGGAGCUGUACUACAACCUAAAGCACCCUAAGGAAUCCUUCCACAACACUAGUAUUACUCUAGACUGUGAUCAGUGCACAAUGGUGACCCAUCAUGGCAAACCAAUGUUUACAAAAGCUAUGUGGUCUGUGCAGGUGUGCACAGAAGGACGUCUCAUCCUGGAUUUCACUUUCGAUGACCUCAUGCGCAUUAAGUCGUGGCAUUUUGCUGUGCGUACACACCGGGAGUUGGUGCCACGUUCUGUGGUGGGAAUGCACUCGCAGCAGGAUCCAGGAAUGUUGGACCAGCUUGCCAAAAACAUUACCCGUCAGGGCAUAACCAACUCCACCCUCAACUACCUCAGGCUAUGUGUGAUUCUUGAGCCAAUGCAGGAGCUUAUGUCACGUCACAAGGCAUAUGCGCUUAGCCCUCGGGACUGCCUGAAGACAACAUUGUUCCAGAAGUGGCAGCGAAUGGUGGCACCGCCGGGUAAGCGAGAAUCACAACGGCCAGCCAACAAACGGCGGAAAAGGAAAGGUUCUCAGUCCGGAGGAGCAGCCAAUAGCACGCCUCCUGCACCAAACAAAAAGAGGUCACCAGGCCCCAACUUCUCAUUAGCGUCACAAGAUGUGAUGGUGGUAGGUGAGCCAUCUCUCAUGGGCGGUGAAUUUGGAGAUGAGGAUGAACGCCUCAUAACACGUCUGGAGAACACGCAGUAUGAUGCUGCUAACUCAUUGGACCAUGACAACCAUGGCUUCUCGGACUCGCCUAUGACGGGUGGGCCCAACUCGUGGGGUGGAGGUGGGCCUGUGGGCGGGCCAGGGGUGGGGGACCGAGGCCCCACAGGUGUUGGAGGGCCUCCACAGGGUAACACACCUUCCAGUCAGGACUCUGACAAGAAGUCUCCGGCAGUGAGUCAGUGAUAGAAACAGUGUGUGUUACUGCCAAAAAGGAAGAGCAUUAGCCAACAUUGUUCUGUCAGUAUUCAGUGCCAGCCAAAUUAAUGUGCGAGGAUAAGACUCGGUGUACAGACACUCUUUGAAGUGCUUUAAGCGGAGCUCUCGUAGCAUUACGGUAUUAUUAUGAUAUUGUAUCAGGUGGCCAGCAUAUUGUUCAAUUCCUUCAAGAAAUGGAAAUUCUGAGAACCAUUAUACAUAUAAAUACUCGGGAUGUGACAUAUCCAAGUAUCCAUUUUCAUUUUUUAAUAUUCUAAUUUCAUUUGUCAUUGUUUUUCCAAUAUGAUUCAUUAUGAAUCUCAUUACGGUAGUUUGUGGUAGCCUUUAAGGUUAGUCAUGUUAUCACAUAAUUAAAAAUGACACAAAAUUUUUGUACAUUUGUAAGUGUGCCAAGUUUUCAUUGUAAUUGAAACAUCUCAGAUGAACACAUUACACAUGUAACAUCUUGUAACUUUAAAAAUUCACUAUGAAAUUUCAGUGUGCUUGAAGAAAUUGUGAAAGGACAGAAACAUGUAUUAAAUACUGGUGGCCAAAAUUUUUAAUGAAUGUUAGAAACAUUUACUAAGUUAAAUGGAUAAAUUGGAAUUGGAUGAAAGAAUCACAGUGAACAAGUGUGUGGGUGCGUGUGAAUUUGUUUUUGUAUGCUUUUUUUGAGUUUGUAUUAUUUGUACACAAACUUUGUGUUAUAAAAUUUUGUGGUCAGAUUAAUCCUGGUGACUUUUUUUGACACUCAUUUGUUCUAGUCUUGUUUUCACACUUGUUGUUCAUAAUCCUCUCUUAUUUUCAAUUUUAAUUUUGCUGUUGGAUAUACUAGUAUCCUAUGUAUAAUGCUUCUCAGUUUACUCUCAAAUGACUUAAAGGCACUUGACCACUCCUGUUAAUAAAUUCUCUUCAGAAAAAAAUGUGACUUCAGAAUUCAUUACAAAAGUAAAUAUUGGUACAGUGUUUAUUAUUGCAAAUUCUUCUACUGUGAAAAUUGAUUAUUACAAUCAUGUUGACUGUACAUAUGACUUAAUGUCAUUAAAAGCAAAUAAAUUUUGGAUAUCUUGGUGAAACAGGAGAAGUUGAGAGAACUGUCAUGCAGUUUCACUGUAUCUCCUGGUUAAAUAUUUAAAUUCAUUCUAGUCACAGUGCUUGCAAACUGCAGAGUAAAUCAAAUGGUAAGACAAAACCUAAAUGCAUUUUUUUUCAUAUAUAAGUUUGUGAAAUACUUCCACAAAAUGCAAGGACUAACUCCUUACCUAAAUGACAAACAAUAAUACAAAAUUACGAUUUUGUGCAAAAUAUUUUUGCAAUCAACUAAUUCUAUUUGACAAUUGAUUUACUCUGCUUUUUUCAUGGUGUGAUUUUUACAUUUUGAUAAAUAUUAUUGGAAAUUUAGAAAUGUGUAGAACAUUGGUAUUAUCUGUACAGUGAAAUAGCUUAAGUUAUAAUUCUCUGGUUACAUCCAUCACCACAUUUAAAGUAGUGCAGUUCAUGUCACAUAGGUGCAAAAAGUGUAACUGUUAAUCAAAAACAUUGAUAUGAAUGGUAAUGGUGGAAAGGUUUUCUCAAUUACAUUUGUAAUAGUUCUCUGAUGAUUAUUAACAGAGAGAGAUUUUGUGUUGUAAUUUAGAUUAAUUUUCUACGAGAAUGACAUUAGGACUGCAAAAUAUCUCAAGUUAUUUGCAAAAGCUGAAAGCCUAAGCAAGUUGUGAAAAAAAAGAAUGUGAAAAAAAUCUGUAAGAACUUGGGACAUUUUGGAGCACUGUUCUUCGAAAGUGGUGACAUCACAAAAAUAGUUUUUGUUUCUUUUUUCAAACGCUCAGAUCAGUGUCUUUCCACUCGAUAUGUUUUCACAUAGAGAAAUUUUUAAUUAUGCAUUCCAAGUCACAUUUUACUGUAUUCUUAAAUUGUAUAUGUCAGGGCAGGUAUUUCAUUGCCGUUGUUUAGCCAUAUCUUGUCAUGUAAGUGUAGAAAAUAAAAUAUUUGAAAAUAUAGAGUAGUGUGUGUUUGCAAACAGGAAAAGGGUGUUAAAUUUUUUAUUUAAUUUUUUUAAAUUUGGUUUUUAAUUUUUGUGCAUUUGAUCAACUAUUUAACAAAAUAAAAACAAUAUAAACUAGUAUUUUCAUUAGAGUUAUAUUGUUUAUGUUACACAAUUUAAUAGUAUAGUGUUUUGUGACUUGGCCAGAGCUAAGUAUUGUUCACAACGGGUGAAGCAGUAUUAAAAUAAUUAUUUAUUUAACAUGGAUUAUUUAUACUUCCCAAAAAAUAUUUAUCCUAGAUUAUAAAUUUAAUUCAUUUGCAAAUGGCAACAUUUAGUAUGAAAAAAAUAUGUUUGCCUUUUGCAUUGUUCAUGCAUUUAUUUUCUUCUCUGCAUGAUUUCUCUUAUUGAUGUUGCUAUAUAUUUUUUGUUGCGAAUGACUUCUUUUUAACUCUGAUCCAAAAUGUAGUUGAAUAAUUUGUCAAAAUGUUAGGUAAAGCGUGAGUAGGAAGGAUAUUGUUCCUUUUUUGGGAGAAAGUUGUCUAUUACCUACUUUAGUUAUCUUCCUUUGUAAUUUUAAAAGAAGUUACUCUUAGAAAAUGGAUUAAGUAAUCAUAUGAAAUGUAAUGAUCAGUUAUUCAUUACCUUUGCCAUACUGUGCAUUCCAGAAAAUGUGAUAAAUUAUUUCAUGAGAAUUUGACCUUUCUAUUAACAAACCAUUUAAGGAACAAAAUGCUAUUGCAUAAAUCAGUUUUAAUACUAGUCUUUUCUGGGUACUGAGAAAGGUCAUUAUCAAAUUUUUUUCUACUCUUUUGCAAUUAUUUUAUUGGAAAAACAAAAAACUUGUUUUAAUACUACAUUAGUUAUUACUCUUGAAUGUUGGAAGUAUGCUCUUGGCAAAAAACAAAAGAUAUCCAAAAUACCAGUUUUUCAUAACCUUUUAUAUAUCUGCAUUUUGUGAACUAUUAUCUUUGCUAUGUUUCACUAUUGCUUAUAAGUUGUUUCUGAUUGUUGAUGUUGAUCUCAGUGGUGAUGUCUCCAUAUGUCUCUUCAAAAUGAUUUUUACAUUGUACAUAAAAAAAUGAAAAUUCCACACUUAGGAGAAUAGUUAUAUACUAUAUUAAUGUGAAUAACAACAGUAAUCUUUACAUAGAAUGCAAAUGCAUAUUGCUAUCCUAAAUUUUUAUAUCUUUUUAUAUUUCUAAUCGGCAUUUAGUGUGAAAAAUGAAUACUGAAACAAUAGUUACAUUGACAUACAUGUGAAUAUGUUGUUGUACAGUAUCAUCAGUUUCCUCACAAGUGGAGAAAUUCAGUAUUAGAAGUGCCAAUGUUGUGCUUCAUAUGGAAUGUCAAUUUAUAAUUUUAGCAUGGUGCUGAUUUUGAAUUACAUAAAUUUUGUGCCGAGUACUCUUGAUUCAGCUAAUAGUAACACUCCAAUUAAAUCCACUAAUGAGGUGAAGUGAUGAGCUUUAAGCUAUGUACACCUGCUAUGCAAAACUAUAAUACUACUUUUAAAUAAUAGUGUUCAAUACUAAAAAUGUUUCAUGCAUUCAAUGCAUGGUUGGAAUUUUAUUAGCUUCAAUGCACUUUGUACUCUGCAUCAUCUAAGCAAAAGAAAUGAACAUGUGAGCAAUGUUGACACUUUGAAUAUUUAAAAUCAGUUUGAAGAUACACUUGUUUUGAUUGAGAAAAAACACAUUACUACACUUUUAUGAAUUGUGCUUAUUGCAUUUUCCUAUUAAAUCUCACAAUGAUAUACAUUUUGUUACUACAUACCUAGAAAUUUUUCUGCAUUCAUCUCUUAAUGAUUAAUAUUGCUUUCAGGUUUCAGUCAUUAGUAUAUUAUAAAGCUAUAAAUAAUAAUCCAAGUUUAUCAAGCAAUCAGUGCUUAAUAUUGUUAUUAACUUUAGAACCGUAUUCAUUUCAGUGUUUUCAAUAUUAUAGAUAUAAAGACACAGAAACUAUUUGAAGCACUUAAUUCAUAAAUAUUCAUAAAUGUGGCCAAUGAAUUAUGAAUUAUUAUUUACAUGAUUGGGCAUGUGCAAAUGAAUAAUCAAAGUAAAUUGUGAUAAAUUUCUAUAGAACUCCUUGCAGAGUGUAUCCAAGUUAAUUUCCUAUUUAAGCCAUCUGAAAUAUUUUCCAUUUCAUUGAACAUUGCAGUUUUUAUAACUUAAUAUCAGAACCUAUGAAGUUUCUCUGAGGUGUGAUUAUUCCCAAUUGAAAUUUGAAAAUUACUUCAGCUUUGCUCAGAUGUACAUUUAACUUAAUAUUAAUUUUGCCUUCAAGUUUCAUAUGUAGUGUUAUCAUUGUGAAUGUGACAUAUGGAUGAGUUUCUAAACUUGAUAUCAAUUCUGUGAUUAAAUAUUAUAGUAUUGAAAUAUAUUCUCACCAACAAUACAAGAAUGAACAAGGUUAUGAAAUGCAUGAAGCACCAUUAUCGUAUCGUUUUAGUGUGAGGCAAUAAUAAUUUAGUGUAUGGAGUGUGUUCAAAUCUUCCUUUUCUGAAUUCUAAAACCUGACAAAUUCAUCGUGUAUUUUUUUUUUUUUUUUUUUAAGUUACUAUGAAGGUUUUGCAUAAUUGGCUGGUCACCUGCAUUAAACAUUAUCCUCAAUGUCAGAAUGUCUUUUGGUAAAUAUGCACUCAUAUCAAGUUGUAGGUACUUAAGUACUUUGACAAAAAGUACAAAGGACAAUAGUUAAAUCAGUACAUUACAAAAAGACAUUGAGGCAAAGGACUGGUGGUAUUCAAGUGUAGUAUUACCAAGAGAAAACAGUGCAAACUGAAGGAAUUCCGUGGGACCUCUGCAAAUGACUAUUUGGGGAUGGGUUUUAGGUUGUAAAGUAAUGACAAAUGGACAUUUUCCUUGUUGUACUAGAAUGUGAGUGUUUUUAAACUUAUUGAGAAAAUCUUUUAGACUCUCCCCAUAGAGAUAAGGACAUAAGCCCUAUACCCUUUUAUCAAAUGUUGUGAAUUGACCAAAUGAUCACAAAACACUUUUUUUUAAUUAAUUAUAUGUUCAUAAUGUUUUUGGAAAAUUAUGUACAAUCUGCAUGAAUGUGCAGAAUCAAUUCCAAGUUUUGAAUUCCAAAAAGUCAAAAGUGGAACCAAUUGUUCUAUAGAACCAGUUUUUAGAUUCUUUGAGUGAUGUCAGUCUAAAAUAUUACUGUUCCAUAUAUAAUUUGUACAUCAUAUUUGAUGUAUGCAAAGCCUACUGUAUAACCAGUGUGAGAGAUGGAAUGAUUGCAAUAUUUUAUUUGCAAAUUGUUUUAAAUGCACAUCAAGUGUGACAGCAAACUUUGUGUUGGUGUUGGAAUGAAAGCUAUAAUAUACCAGAAAUUGUACUGUUUUGGGACUUCUUCAGCAUUUUUCACAAAGGUCUCAUCAGUUCCAACCAUAUACUUGUAUUUUUAUGAACUUUUUGUCAGUAGUUGUGUGUUGUCUUAAAUAUUGUUCAGAUUGCUUGGUUGGUUCUUUUCAGUUUGUUUGGCUGAUUGAAUGGUUGGUUGGGUGUAUCCAUUGUGCAACCUCAUGCUGUAGAUUCAGGCUGUCCAGUCUACAGUGGCAAUGUUGCUUAGCCUGGACUGCUUGCUCUCCCAUUGCAGUAUGACAAUACAUAAAACUAAAGCAAGUAAUUGACUGGGUGUAAAGUCAUUGCUACCUUGUGCACUAUUUCUACAUUUCCAUACCUUGUAGUGUUAUUCCCUGUACAUGUACCAUUCUGCAUUUGUGAGAUGUCUUUAGGCAAUUGUAUAACCUGUUUUGGAAGUACCUGAAGGUAUGAAACUUGUACAUACAUUUCACACAUUUUUCUAUGAUUUUUAAACAUUAUCAGGGAAUAUGCUCAUCUAGGGCAUAACAUUUUAGAUAGAGU